AUGGAUUUAAUACCGAGCGAAUUUGCAGAUGACGGUCCACGGUUCCUGUCGAGGGGACACUCCUUCAGGACGGUGGUCGGAGACACCCUGCUGCUGCCGUGCCAAGUCCAGAACUUGGGAUCGCUGGUGCUGCUGUGGAGGAGGGGUCCGGCUGUCCUGACCGCGGCCAGCUUGAUGGUCACCCGCGACGAGAGGUUCAGGCUCGUCGACGGCUACAACCUGCAGAUCACUGACGUGGGGCCACAGGAUGCGGGGGACUAUGUGUGCCAGAUCUCGGACCGGAUCUCCAGGGACCAGGUCCACACGGUGGAGGUCCUCGUGCCGCCCAGCGUGAGGUCCUCCCCGGAGUCGAGACACGCGGCCGCCCGCAGAGGGGGCGCGGCGGUGCUCGAAUGCAGGGCGUCCGGCAACCCCGUGCCAACCGUCACCUGGCACAAACUGGUCGACGCUUACAGCGGACACCAGAACGAGUCCAACGUCCGACUGGCCGAUGGGCCGCAGCUCCAGCUCUCGAGGCUGGAGAGGUCGAACAGCGGGCGGUACGCGUGCACCGUGGACAACGGCGUGGGGCCGCCCCUGGUGACGGAGUUCCAACUCCAGGUCCUAUAUCCGCCGGAGAUAACCGUGGAGAGGUCGUGGGUCCACACUGGAGAGGGCUUCCGGGCAGAACUGCUAUGUACUGUGCUGGCUGAUCCACCCGCCGAGGUGUCCUGGUACCAGAACUCGUUCCCGCUCAGCGCCUCCGAGAGGGUCACCAUGUCCGCAAGGGGCAACAACCACACCCUCCUAAUCGCCAAUGUGCAGCCAGAGGACUUUGGCAACUACAGCUGCGUGGCAGACAAUAGCCUGGGGCGGGCGAGGCAGCACGUAGAGGUUUCUGGCCGUCCGGGCCCCGCCCGCUUCACGUCGCCGCCCCUGGCGCGCCGCCCCACCAGCUACACCCUCGCCUUCGCAGUGGACAGCUACCCGCCGCUGGACGAGCUCCGUCUACUCUACCGGCAGCUGGCGAUCAACGAGUCGUUCCAGCAGCCUGGCCGGUGGCACGACGUGAUCAUCCAGGCCCCGGAGCCGGCGGGGUCAUUGACCCACCGCGUGGCCCACGAGCUCCACGGCCUCCAGCCGGGGGCGGUCUACGAGGCAAUCGUCCAGGCGAAGAACCGAUACGGGUGGAACGAGGUGAGCGAUAUAUUUCAGUUCCACACCCUCGGCGGGAGCCACACCGCGCACGCCGGAGAACUGACCCCAUUCUUCUCCUCAGCGGACCCCAAAAUGACGUUCAGCCUGUCAUGGUCCAAAAUAAUCUUCUUAUACACCCUCGUCCGUCUCACAAUCGACCAC